CUUAAAUUCCAUUAUUCUUAGUAGUACUGUACAGAAUUUUUUGCUUAGUGUUAGUUACACAUUGCAAACGUCCAGUUAUCAUCGCCAGUACAAUAGUAGACCACGUACAGUCCUUCCCCUAUAGCUUUACUUACCCAUUAAUGUGCAUUUCUGUCCUAGUUGACGACCUAGAGAUUCCUGCGUUAAAAGACGCGAACGACACGGUCGACAUUGAAGCAUUCUGGCGACAGAUAGAACUCUCGAUAAUGGUUCGCGGACUAAUAAGAGGUACCUGUACAAACCUAUUUCCUUUGCUGUCUAUGCGUCUAAAAAUAUUCUCUAGUCAAGUUGCAUGAAGUAAAGGACAAGUGUUACAGGAGUUAAUGACAAUAUUUAUCCUACACCUCUCUAUAUUCAGAUCAAAGUAGGAACCCUUACACGGUAAAACCAAGCUACUCUUUCUGGGCACCCUGGAUUGGGCCGAACUGUAGAAAAAGUGGCAUGGCUUAUAACACUGAACACAGGAAGUGCCAUCGUACUUCUCCUCAAGAUUUAGGUGCAGACACGAACGACGAGUCUGAGGACGAACAAGCUGCUCUCCAGACGACUCCUUCGGAAGAGGACUUACUGGAAAUGAUGCACUUUGCUCAGGUGAAAACACUGCAAGCUAUAUGCCGCAAUCACGGCGCCACUGGUUCUUCCCGGAUGUCAAAGGCUGAAUGCAUCUCGUACUUGAGAACGAAACUGGGAAUUCCUGAAAACUUCCGGAAGAUUUUCUCCAAAAUUUGGGGCGCAUCGGGUAAGUACACAACAUUACUAAGGUGGCAUGACAACUAACUCAUUCUUGAUUUGAAGACAGCAACAUUUUUUACACUUCCGCACUGCCAAUGUAGUUCAAAUAACACCACAAGCAACUUUACCCUGUCGCUAUCCAUGGCACCAUCAUGCCACUGGCUCAAAAGAGGUAUGUAGAUGACUACGCCUGCAAGAGAUGAUUCUUUAGAACGCCACCGCAUUAGCAACGCAACAUUUGUAACGCUAAUAACAAAAAGAAUUUUCCUGUUGUCCUUGAAAAUGUUCAUCAUCUUGAGAUCUAUUAACGACAAAACUUAUAAUCUUACUAACGUUCGAAGGCUUCGAUAACGUACUUUUGCACUAAAGUGACUAAUUCAAGUUUUACUAUUCCGUAAUUUAGGAGGAUGGGCAUCAGCAUCAUGUCCACACA